UCUUCACUUUACCUCCGGCCCAAUUCCAGUCACCCAACAGCAGCAACCACAUCAACAACACCAGCCGCAGCAGCCCCAUCAUGAUCACCUUCAUCAACACGAUGAUUCGGUCCCACUUUACAGCCCCGGGUCGCUAGGUGCCCAAUCCCCUGAGCCACUUAGACUCUUGGCUGUCUUGGAUUCGCUAAAAUCACUCGGCUUCAUUUCCAUUUCUGAUUUCCUUGUUCGCUUGUUCAACAGUGAUGACUCUACUGUUCGACGCCGGGUGAGUUUGUUUUACACACACGGCGGCAUCAGGUCUGUUCUCGAAAUUUUUAUGAAUUCGAAGCGUGCUAGGGAGAACGGUGGUGACGAGGUUGCUGUGUCGUGGGCUGGUGGAGUGUUUAAAGACGAGUUUGACGCUGGUCUUGUCAAGGGCGGUGUUCGUACCUCCCCUUGGCCUUGUGAAAUUGCUACUCUCAUGAUCAAAGAAAAAAUCUCCUGACUUCCCCUAACGCAUUAAAUCAAUAAACUAUAGAUUAAUGUCGAUGUACGAGCUAAUUCUACCGAGUCUCGUGGUCGAACUACUGGGGAAAUUUUGAAGGAGGGUCUUGAAAACUUCGAUCUCGCCAAAGUCCAACGGCAAUGCGAACGCAAGGCCCCCCUUCUUUGGCGUCUACUCGAAACUCUCUCGUCUUCAGACCGUGAAUGGGUGGAGGCGAAGGCAUUGGCAGCUUCCACAGGGAACGAAUCGGCCCCGCAACCGUUGUCGAAGCGGCGAAAGGCGGAUACAAGCCCCACCACAGCCUCGUGGUCAAUGAUGGGGGCGCCCUCAAACCCCCCACUUACGGUCACUAUUAUGUUGUUGCUUCUUGCAAGCUCCCAGGUGAGAAAUAAAUUCCAGAAAUGGCUUGGACUGUAUCUUUACGCCCAGGGUGUCCGCAAAGGGCCCUUGAAUUCGCUCCGUGCUUUGGGCGUUGGGAGCGAAGGCAAGGUUAUUGGUGACAAUGGUUCGACACGACCUUUCCCGUCGGGGUCUGUGCUUCUAGGGCUGAUUUUCCCCAGUUCUCCGGGUCAUAAGCGAUGACAUCAAGAAGAAGCUGCGUACGGAGAUGGGUGGAUCAGACCUGCAGGUCCGAGGCCCAGGCGCUCCACGGAUCAACUCGCGGGCAUCAAAGCGGAAAUCUGUUCCGACAGAGCCUAGGCCAGUGGGUGUUGAUCGUCCCAACCCGUUAGAGGGAAAACGUUCAUUUGUUAUAUCUCAAAUUACCUAUCACCCUACACCGAAGGAUCAUCUAAGGGCUGACAACUUUGCACCCUGCGCCACAAUCCCUUUUAUCAUUAGACUGCCUUUAUCAACACCAGUACUGACUAAGGCCAUGGUGAAAACCUCGUGUACCUUUCGCCGUGAAAAGUAUCUUCACACUGCCCUUGCUAUCCCGGCUUCUUCCGUGCCUCCUAUCCCACGCCCUUUAACUUCUGUCAAUAGAGAGCAGGCUUCAGGUUCAGCCUAUCCUCCUGCGAGCUAUUUUCCCUACAGCUUUGCCCAAUCUGCAUUAAACGCCACUCCUGGUUACGACACUUCCACAUCUGCGCCAAACGGCGACUAUUAUUUUGCCCAACCCAACACUUCUGCCGCCCCAGGGCCAACGUGGCCCAGGAACCCAGCGGCUGCCCAGGGAACAGAGGACGAUUCCAGGCUCUUGUUGACCGACCAGGAUGGUAAAAUAUUUUGGAAAAAUCAAUCAAGGCUUGCCGUUUGGCGUGCCAUGAGGAGGCUCUGGCCCAAAAUCGGAGAAAUCCUCGGUGAGAGUGAGGUGAACACUGAGCCGCCUUACCUCGCCACGUUUUCUAGGGUACGAGGGGUGCCAAGGGUAGAUGAAAGUGAAAUCGCCCAGGGAGAGCAGCCCGCUUCUCGGGUAUGCGAAGAUGAUCUUUUUCCCAUGCCAAGUAUGAAACGUGUGAGCACUAAGAAAAUCGAGGAGCAACUAUCGAUACUUGAAAUGGUAACCGAGUACCUUGGUAUCGAGCGGGAGCAUCUGAAGGGUUCUAACCCCGGCAAUAGGCUUUGGUUGUGGGCUGGGAACCUUGAAUUUGUCUUGGCGUUGAGGAAGGCCAAAUCGAUAGCCCUGCCAGAUUCCAUCCUUCACAACAUUCACCCGGUGCUCCAAUUAUUUGACAUUCGCGAACACUUUCUAUUGGAGCUGUUGAAACAGCAUUACGGCAGACCAAACGAUAAAGAUCCGACAAGCUUAUGUCACCAUAUGCAAGUCAUGAAUCGGAAGUUUCUCAUCUUCGGUUUCUCCGUUACUGGCCAAUACGCUGAGGGCCUUUUGCUUCAUUCGCUUGAAUCUCACCUUAUCGACUCGAUUCUGACGGUCACCCAGGUUCGGGAAUCGGGCCCCAAGACCAAGAGAGAAGCUUUAGAUAUUAUCACCAAAGUGUACGAUAUAUAUCUGGAACCAGAGGUAGUGAAGAAUUAUCAGUCAGCUUUGGACCCUCGCACAAGAGACGAGAUUUUUGAGAAUCACAUGCUUUUAAUGCAGCACUCACUGGUAUACUUGACACUACUAGAUACAAUUUCCACCGCUUCCACAACCUCCCUCCUCCACGUCCUCUCCUGGCUUUCAACGGCUUUCCAGUCACUAAGUUUCCCCAUAUCUUCAAGCCUCGGCAACGAACUUCUCGAUCUCGUAGCAGGCCUCACCCGUGAGUGGGAGCCGCCCCUCCGCCGAGCAGUCCUCGACUCAAUGCUAAUCCCCAAGAGCCCUGGCGCACCUCUCCCAGCCCCAGCGCCCCACCCCGCAUCCCCGAAAAUCUCCGGCGACUAUCAAGAAGUAGACUUUGCUAUGAAGCAGCUCCUCCGACAAACAAAGGCCGUCUUCGACCUCCGGGAUAACCCCAAACACGGCUUCUUCCGCGAGGUAGCUACGCCGAACAUAAGGACUAUUUCCAAAGUUGUCAGAAACGCUGAGGAAUCCCUAGGCACAGCGCCCCGGACAGCGAAUCAGUGGAAGAGUCCGGCGGAGAACGUGGACCCGGAUAAGGAGAUACCAAAGCUAGUUAAGGAACUAAGAGAAGCGAGGGUGGGGGAGUGGGUGCCUGGUCGGAAAGCCGGUUUCAAGGUCUUGCAUUUGUUCUGUAAUGGUGAGGAGAGAGUCCGGAGUCCUGGAUUUUUGGAAGAGUUUGUUAAGCGCGGGGAUGGAGGGGUGAUUGACGGUGAGGGCUCUGGGGAGACGGAUGGGAGGGAUAAGGAAUGGAGGAGAAGGAAUUUGUUUUUCGCCGAGGAUUUUGGGUUUGACUGGGGGUUGUGA